CACAUCAGCCGGCGUCGCUGCGUAUACGCGGUGGGCAUCGCUCUAUCAGUUCUGUUGUCAUUGCGCUGGGAGAAGGAUCCACUCACCUGUGAAUGGUUGUUUACCUUCGUUGAUGCACUUGACAUUCCCACAAUCGUUUGAAAGCAGUACCUUGAUUGCUCCCAACCCACGUGUAGUCCUUUUGACACCUUCCUUCGAAUUUAUUUGUGACUAAAAUUGUGCGAUUUAUAUUUAGAGAUCAUAACAUAUUCGUCUGGAAAACUCAUAUUGGCUUUUGGAUUCAAGGCACAGUGAUUCGAGAUGGCUGUCACGGUGAAUCAGGUCGUCCCCUUAGCGGUAGGCGUCCUGGUGGUGAUCGCCGGUGCCGUCAUUGCCAACUAUCUGUACAGUAACAGCAAGAAAGACAAAAGCAAAUCCAGCAAAGAUGAUUCCAGCAAGAAACCUGCCGGACAGUUGCGCACCCUGGUUGAUCCACAGGAAAAGUACAUGUUGCCGCUGAUUGAGAAGGAGGAAAUAUCGCACGACACCCGCCGAUUCCGGUUCGGGUUGAACUCGGGCAAACACAUUCUGGGACUUCCGGUGGGCCAGCAUAUCCACCUUUCGGCCACCAUCAAUGAGGAGUUGGUGAUUCGUGCGUACACGCCGGUGUCAUGCGACGAUGACCAGGGUUUCGUUGAUUUGGUUGUGAAAGUGUACAAGAAGGGAGUGCAUCCCAAGUUCCCGGAGGGUGGCAAAAUGUCGCAGUACCUGGAAAGCUUAGCCAUUGGCGAUAGGAUUGCGUUCCGUGGUCCAUCGGGACGGCUGCAGUACCUGAGCAAUGGGAAGUUUUCUAUUAAGAAGCUGCGGAAGGAUCCGGCACAAAUCUACGAAGCUGAUAAGGUCAGCCUGAUCGCUGGUGGCACUGGUAUCACUCCCAUGCUUCAACUGGUUCGUGAAGUCCUGAAGCAUGCCGAUACAGACAAGACUAAACUAUCCUUGAUCUUUGCCAACCAGACCGAAGACGAUAUUCUCCUGAAGCCGGAGUUGGACGAUCUGGCAGCCCGUUAUCCGGACCAGUUCAAACUGUGGUACACUCUGGAUCGCCCGAAACCCGAGUGGACCCAAGGUAAAGGCUUUAUCACCGAUCAGAUGAUCAAGGAGCAUCUGUUCGAGCCGUCUCCGAAUACCCUGGUGCUGAUGUGCGGCCCCCCUCCAAUGGUCAACUAUGCCUGCAUACCGGCGCUGGAAAAACUGGGCUACCAGAUGGACCGUACCUUCGCCUACUAAGUACCAACCUAUCUAUCACGAUCCAUCAGUGAAAAGUUUUAAAAGACAUCGUUCAUAGAUUACACCGCACUAGAAAAGACUCAAAUAUACAUAGGCAUAAGUGUUGCAUUUCCACCUUGAGGUCUCGGUGGUCCCUUCUGCCAACAUCACCACACUGAAUACAAUAAACCUACUAAUGACUAUCAUCGUUGUCAUCGCCGUCGUCGUCGUCGUGGCCGCACGCACUCAAGUGUCCUCAGCUCGUGUCGUUUGCCGUCGCCUGGCUUUAAAGUGUCGAAAUUUACUGUUUGUGAACUAUUAUAGGUUACGAGAGAUGCCUUGCAGCAAGUCCCUAGCCACGGUUUCUUGAGUAUUUAGGUUCUAGACUAUGUUAGGGCACAGGAAAGAAUUUGUAUCAGUAAAUGUCAACGAAGAUCCCAAUUAGAACGCUUUAGCAAAUUUUCCUGUAGCGGGUAAAGAUCGUUUUGAAGGAGAUUACAAGUUACUAUACUGCAAGUACUAUUAGGGCCCAGUUAUUUAUCUAAUGUUACUGAGAAGGUGAAGGAGAUUACGGGAAAGAACGCCUGCUAGAUGCUGUCGGAGACAGUGAAGUUGAAAGAUCAAUCCUUAAAAUAAGUCGAGUUACGAAAUAUUGGAUAGCAUUCUAUCGUAAUACAGUUGUAGUGUAUUAGA